AUGUCGGGGAAAGGAGCCAAGGGAUUGAUCACAGCAGCAGGAAAAUCAAACAAAGACAAAGACAAGAAGAAACCCAUUUCUCGCUCCUCUCGAGCUGGUCUUCAGUUUCCAGUUGGAAGGGUCCAUCGUCUAUUGAAGACAAGGGUUUCUGCAAGUGGAAGGGUUGGGGCAACAGCUGCUGUUUAUACGGCAGCUAUACUGGAGUAUCUAACUGCAGAGGUGUUGGAGCUGGCUGGGAACGCAAGCAAAGAUCUGAAGGUUAAACGUAUAACACCUAGGCAUUUGCAGCUUGCUAUCCGGGGCGACGAGGAACUGGACACCCUUAUCAAAGGUACCAUUGCCGGCGGCGGGGUCAUCCCACACAUUCACAAAUCACUCAUCAACAAAUCCUCCAAGGAGUAG